AUGAGAAAAAAUAUAGAAAAUAGUCUAAGAUUACCAAAUAUGGAAUAUAAUAAUGAUAUAACAUUUCUUGGAAAAAAACUGUUAUUUCCAACUCAUCCAGAACCUUUUCUUCUUGUUAAUAAAAUCAUACCUUUCAUGGCUUAUGAAACUAAUAUAGAUAGUAUAGCAAAUCUCAAACAAGCAAGUGGAACAGCAUUACAACAAUUAGUAGAAGCUAUUAAAGAAGCUAUAAAAAAUCCUGAUAUUAAUAGUAAUGAUGGUAAAGAUCCUUUUGAUAUUUCUUUUGAUUUUGGUUAUAGUUCUUCUACUAAAUAA